CGCACAGGAAGUGGAUGUUAGCUUACAAAGCAGAAGUUGAUUGCAAAAAUAUAGUUGAUGCAGGGAGUUGUUGAGUCAAGUGAGUUUCUAUAUUCCUUGGGUUCUCAGCCCACACAGAGACGUUGUUUGAGGCAGUGAACAGUCUGACUUGGAGGGCUGCAGCUGAAAUGACAGAUCAUGAAGUUGGAGGUGCCAGAAACAUUUGAAGAUGUUGCCAUUAAAUUUUCAGAAGAAGAGUGGAAGAUGCUAAGUAAACAGGAGAAGGAGCUACACAGAGAGGUGAUGGUGCAGAACUAUGAGAGCAUGAUUUCUGUGGGGUAUAACAUCCCAGUAGAACAUCUGUGGUUACUUAUUUGGAGAGCUGCUUCUGGCAAUACAGAAAAAGGAGCAACCAUGCAGCCAAAGAAGCUUUUUGAUGCAUCCAUCAGAGGUAACAGGAACACAGAGUUCAUGGAGAUUCCGAGUGAGCCAUCCUAUUGUAGAAAAUUCUGUAAUUCUGAAUGUGAUAACAUGCCAACUGAUAAGACACUAAUCUUGAGACAAAACCUCAUACAGACGGAAAGUAGACAAGAGUCCUGUGUGGAAAAUAAUAAGAAGCGCAGCAGGAAACGUGAACAAGAACGGCAUCUGGAUGCUCACGGAAGGGAAAGACUGUGCAAACAGCGUAAUUACAGCAGCAGCAGUUUUACAUUUGUUAGUGACAUCAUUCAAGACCCUGUCGUCAUCUGUAAUGAAAAGGGAGAGACUGAUGGCAUUCCCGAAAAUAAGCAGACUGUCAGCAGGGACAAGACAUAUAAAUGUGUCACCUGUAGCAAGAGCUUUGCCUGGAAACAGAGCUUAGUAAGGCAUCAGGUUAUCCACACUGGACAAAAGCCAUAUAAAUGUACAAUGUGUGACUGGAGUUUUGCACAGAAAGAUCGCAUGAUACGUCAUCAGUAUGUUCACAUAAGACAGAGACCAUUUAAGUGUACUAUGUGUGAUAAAAGUUUUAAGCAAAAAAGCUUUCUAGUUAGACAUCAGGUAGUCCAUGCGGUGCAGAAACCUUAUAAAUGUGCCAUAUGUUGCAAAGGUUUUACAUCCAAGGCAAGUUUAGUUGUGCAUCAAACUAUUCACACUGGACAAAAACCAUACAAAUGUUUGGAGUGUAACAAAAGUUUUAGAAGUAAAAUUAAUUUAGCAAGGCAUCAGAUAAUUCAUGCUGAACAGAAACCAUAUAAAUGUGCUGUAUGUGACAAGGGUUUUACUAGUAAAAAUACAUUAGCACGACAUCAAAUUAUCCACAUGGGACUCAAACCAUAUAAAUGUGCCACAUGUGGCAAGAGUUUCAGAGAGAAAUCUAAUGUGGUGAAACAUCAGGUAGUUCACGCUGAACAGAAAACUUAUAAAUGUGUCACCUGUGAGAAGGAGUUUGCAAGAAAAAAUGCAUUAAUACUGCAUCAGCAUAUCCACAAUAGGCAAAAAACAUUUAAAUGUGCCACAUGUGGCAAGAGUUUUACACUGAAAUGUAACCUGAUAAACCAUCAGUUAGUACACACGGGGCAGAAACCCUAUAAAUGUACCACAUGUGGUAAGGAUUUUGCACAGAAGUCUAACUUGAUGAAACAUAAUUUAGUGCACACUGGGCAGAAACCUUAUAAAUGUUCCAUAUGUGAUAAGAGUUUUACACUGAAAUGUAACAUGGUAAAACAUCAGUCAGCGCAUGUUGGGCCGGAUCCAUAUAAAUGUGUCACAUGUGACAAGAGUUUUAAGCACAAGCAAAGCUUGCUGAAGCAUCAGAUGGUUCACACGGGACAGAAACCCAUAAAUGUACAACAUGUGGCAAAGAUUUUACACACAAAGGAUACUUGGCAAACAUCAGUUAGUCCAUGCGGUUCAGAAACCAUAUAAAUGUGCAAUAUGUGACAAGGGUUUUACGGAUAAAAGAAAUCUGGAACGUCAUCAGAUUAUUCACACUAGGCAGAACCCCUAUACAUGUGCAACAUGUAACAAGUGUUUCACACAUAAGAUAAGUUUAACAAUGCAUCAGUUUGUACACAAUGGACAGAAACCCUAUAAAUGUACCAUGUGUGACAAGGGCUUUACACUGAAAUGCAACAUGAUAAAACAUCAGUCAUCGCACGGUGAGCAGAAAAUAUAUAAAUGUGACAUAUGUAACAAGAUUUUUAAACACAAGAAUAGCAUGGUGAAGCAUGAGUUUGUGCACAAUGGGCAGAAACCACAUAAAUGUACUACAUGUGGCAAGAGUUUUACACAAAAGUGCAACAUGGUAAAACAUUGCCAGUCUGUUCACAGUGGGCACUCAUGAACUUUAACUGUGUCCUAUCAUGGUGUAGGAAGAUUAUAAACAUUCAGGGGGCAUAAAUCAGACAGACGGAUGAGUUGUAAAGCUGAAGCAGCAGAAAGUAUGGCAGUCCAAGCAGUAAUAAUGAGACGGCUUCAUGAGUCUGCAGUACUGUCAUCUCCAAAUCCUGAAAUAUUUUAUCUGUGGCUUCAAGACAAACGGAAUCUGCAUCCUUCAGGCUAGCCCACAUCUAGAGUUUCAUUAGUUCCUGGAUCUCUGAAGGUUACAGGUCUGCGGCACACUCCCCUGGUUGAGAUACAUAUUUUGAUCCAGUAACAACUAGGAUCUUUGAUCACUGCAUCUAACGUUAUGUUCUACUGGAAACAGGACUUUUGAUUUGAUAUAUAAUGUAAUAUAUGUUAUUAUUUGGUAUGACAUGUAAUAUAACUCACUAUAUUUAUUUAAAUAUUGUUUGUGUUUUACUGUUAUUCUUACAUUCUGCAGACUUUCUGGAAGUAAAUUGGUUAUGCCUUGUCAGAUUAUAUUCGGAGCUAGAUGCAAAAUAAUGAAAUAUGCUACCAAUACUGGUAGCCUCAAAAAUAACUGCAUAUGUGCAAAAAAUAAAAAUCAAAAUCUGGA